AUGAACAGUACAGAAAUUUCCUCAGAAGAGGGUCGGCUAGAGGUGUUCCAAGGGGAGAAAUUGCUGUCGUCCAUCCCCAUGUGGACCACGUUUGGGGAACUGGCCAUUCUAUACAACUGUACGAGGACCGCCUCUGUGAAAGGCUGUAGACAAAAAUCUGAUCGUCCACUGGAAGCAGAGCUCCUUGCCCAGGCUAAUAGAGGAGAUAUUAAGAUCUGGAGAGGAACACAUUUCAGGGUUGUAUCCUUGCUAAAGAAUUUACCCGAAGAUAAAUUAACCAAGAUCAUCGACUGCCUGGAAGUGGAAUACUAUGACAAAGGAGAUUACAUCAUUAGAGAGGGUGAGGAAGGGAGUACCUUUUUCAUUUUGGCAAAAGGAAAGGUAAAAGUUACGCAGAGUACAGAGGGCCACGAUCAACCGCAGCUGAUAAAAACACUGCAGAAGGGAGAAUAUUUUGGAGAAAAAGCUCUUAUCAGAUUAUAUCGUACUUUCAAGGACAAUAAGUACGUGUAUAUGCUUCUGGAGGCCUGCCUAGGUGGAGAGCUGUGGAGUAUACUGAGGGACAGAGGCAGCUUCGACGAACCCACCUCCAAAUUCUGCGUCGCUUGCGUGACAGAAGCAUUCGAUUACCUGCACCGACUAGGUAUCAUCUACAGAGACCUGAAGCCAGAAAACUUAAUUCUAGAUGCUGAGGGUUACCUCAAAUUGGUUGACUUUGGAUUCGCUAAGAAGAUAGGAUCCGGACAGAAAACAUGGACGUUCUGUGGGACUCCGGAGUAUGUAGCUCCGGAAGUCAUCCUCAACAAAGGGCACGACUUCAGUGUGGAUUUCUGGUCCCUGGGGAUUCUAGUGUACGAGCUGCUAACGGGCAAGUGGUUAAAUGGUUUUAAUUGGGAAGGACUGAAAGCACGGAGCCUGCCAUCCCCUUUACGAAGAGAGCUCAGUGGACCCAUAGAUCACAGCUACUUUGACAAGUAUCCUCCUGAAAAGGGAAUUCCCCCGGAUGAGCUAUCGGGCUGGGAUAAAGACUUCUAA